AUGGAAGUAAUUCAAGAGAAAACCCGAGUAACAUUUAUCUCCAUUGUUGUGAAGUGCACCCUUAAUGCCAUCUUCUCUCUAGUUACGUGCAUGAGCAACGAAGUUCUUCCACAUGUAAUACGGAAAACACGAAAAUUCCAUUUGCCGUCUUUCAUCCUUUUAUUUUGCCUCAGCCUUUAAGAUUUCCUCGUGGGAGUGAUUUGCCAUUUUUUUACCAUUUUUCAUAG